AUGAAUAAGCGGUUCGACCCGGUAUGUUUUGCUUGUGGUAAACGAGGUCACGUCAAAGGAGCUGACAUAUGUCCGGCACGAGCUGCUACGUGUUUGAAGUGUAGAGGACCAGGGCAUUUCGCUAGACAAUGUCUAAAACGUGCGAACAAUGAAGUUAGAGCAGAAGCAGCACCAAAACGUAUUCGAGCUAUUCAUGAGGAUGUUGAACAGGAAAAUGAUGAAAAAUACAUUUUCUAUGCGAUGGGAAAGAACACAUUUUUGUUCAAAGUCGGUGGCAUAAAUAUACCGACGAUCAUUGAUUCGGGAGCAGCGGCCAACAUCAUUAGUCAGAAAACGUGGAAUCAUAUGAAACAAAUGAAAGUUUCUGUUUGGGAUAUGUCUACUGAGGCGGACAGAAACUUCACGUGCUAUGCAUCAAACGUACCCAUGGAGAUAACGGGAACGUUUAUGGCAACAGUAGAAGGCGGAGGAAAAAAAAUUGAUGCCAAGUUCUAUGUCGCCAAGGAUGGCCAACAGUGCCUUUUGGGAGAACAGACGGCUAAAUCGCUGCAGGUUUUGAAGCCUGUUCAACAAGCAUUCCGAGGUGCUCCAUACGCUCUAGAAGACAAAGUAAACGAGAAACUUGAAACAUUGCUUGUACAAGGAAUCAUAGAACGGGUUUCUGGACCAUCACCUUGGGUUUCACCAAUGGUUCCGGUUUUAAAGGAGUCAGGCGAUAUUCGACUGUGCAUUGACAUGCGUCGAGCAAAUCAGGCUGUAAUACGGGAGACACAUCCACUUCCUUUAGUAGACGAAUUACUCGGAUCGGUAAAUGGUGCUACGACUUUUUCUAAAGUGGACAUCAAAGAUGCGUAUCACCAAUUGGAAAUUUCGGAAAGAUCUCGUCCCAUUACCACAUUCAUUACAAAAAGCGGCUUGUUCAGAUAUAAAAGGCUAAUGUUUGGUGUGAGCUGUGCCCCAGAGAUUUUCCAGAAAACGAUGGAGACGAUUCUGGCGGGUCUAGAAGGGAUCAUAGUGUAUCUGGAUGACAUAGUUGUGUUUGGAUCUUCAAAACAGGAACACGAUAAUCGAUUACAAACCCUCCUCAAGCGUUUGGAGGAAUACGGAGUUUUAUUGAAUCAUCAGAAAUGCAUAUAUGGAGUAAGCGAGUUGGAAUUUUUGGGUCACGUCUUGAGUAAAAAAGGAGUAAGUCCCACAGAAAGUCGCAUGAAAGCUAUACAAAGUUUUAGGGAACCGAGGACAGUCGCUGAAUUAAGAAGUUUUCUUGACCUUAUUACCUACGUCGGUCGCUUCAUUCCACAUCUCGCUUCGAAAACGGCACCUCUACGAUCUCUUUUUCGAACUGGUUCGGUGUUUAAAUGGCAAAAUCAACAACAUAGGGCUUUUGAAUCAAUCAAGGAGGCAGUUAGCGAUGUUAGCUAUUUAGGAUUUUUUGAUAAGAAAGACAAAACUAAGCUGAUUGUUGAUGCAAGUCCUGAAGGGUUAGGAGCUGUUCUGCUACAAGUAAAUGAGGACGGACAACACAGAAUUAUAGCUUUUGCAAGUAAAGCACUUAGUGAAUUAGAACAGAAAUAUUUUCAAACCGAACGUGAGGCUUUAGCCAUAGUAUGGGGUGUAGAGAGGUUCAGCUUAUACUUGCUGGGAACCAAAUUUCAACUUAUAACUGACUGUAAGGCCCUGAAAUUCUUAUUCAACGCUCGAUCUAGACUGUGCCCAAGGAUUGAACGUUGGGUAUUGCGAAUUCAAUCAUUCAAUUAUGAAAUUAUUUACGAACCUGGAGCAACGAAUCUGGCAGAUGCGCUAUCCCGGCUAUCUGUUGCAACAGCUAAACCAUUCGACAAAUCAGUGGAAUCCUACAUUCAUCAACUAGUUGAUUUUGCAGUUCCUGAAGCUGUGACUCUGGACAAAGUUACCGCAGAAACAAAGGAGGACGCGACGUUGCAAGAUGUAAUAAGAGCCUUACAGACUGGUUGCUGGACAGAGACGACUAAAGGUUUCAAUUGUUUCAAAACAGAAUUACACGCAGCCAAAGGGGUGUUAAUGAGAGACGAUCGCCUAGUUAUUCCCGAGAAACUACGUCAACAAGUGCUAACCUGUGCUCAUGAAGGCCAUCCGGGAAUGAGUGUUAUGAAACGUCGUCUUAGACAAAAAGUUUGGUGGCCAAAGAUGGACGAACAGGUGGAAAAGUUCGUAAAGAGCUGCGGUUCAUGUACGCUAGUUUCCGCUAUCAGUCCUCCUGAACCAAUGCUCAGGACCAAGAUGCCAGACAAGCCCUGGUCAGAUGUAGCGAUUGAUUUCUUGGGACCAUUACCAUCAGGACAUUAUCUUCUUGUUUUAGUAGACUAUUUUAGUCGAUUCACUGAAGUAAUCAUAAUGAAACAAACAACUACAGACCUUACUGUGCAAGCUCUGUUCGAGACAUUUAGUCGUUUUGGGGUGCCCGAAACCUUACGAUCUGAUAAUGGACCACAGUUCAUAAGUGAACCAUUCAAAGCAUUUUGCCAGGAGUUCGGUAUAGAGCAUCAGAAGAUAAUACCAUAUUGGCCACAGGCCAAUGGUGAAGUGGAACGCAUGAAUAACACCAUUCUAAAACGUCUCCGUAUAAGCCAGGAGGAGAAUCGGUCAAAGUGGAAAUGGGAUUUACGAAGCUUCUUGCUGAUGUACAACUCGACGCCACAUUCGACAUCAGGUAUUGCGCCAUCGGCUCUUAUGUUUGGCAGAGUAUUGCGAGAUAAAUUACCAAGUGUCCACAGUCGAUUAGGACGUUUAACGGAAGCUAUCCAAGAUCAAGAUUGGGAAAGAAAAAUUAGAACAGCUGGAGUGACAGACAUCCGAAGGCAGGCAAGAUCAAGCGAUCUUGUAGAAGGUGAUAUUGUGGUGGCUAAACGCAUUGUUAAGGAGAACAAGCUAUCCAGCAAUUACGCGCCUGAGAAGUUUGAAAUCGUGAAAAGGAUGAUCAGAUGUGAAAAUUCGCUCAAAAGUCACGGGGAAAAUAUAUCGUAG